UCCUUCACUGCAUCUAUGAACCUCCUCUGAAAUCUUCCUCUUUUCCUCCAUCUUCAGCAUCCUUUGUGCGGUAUAUCCUCCUCUGCACAUCCAUCCACAUUCUUCCCCUUAUUCAGGGACUCGGACCCCGCUGUGGGGUACACUCUAGACGGCCGAUUAGAGUCGCUAGUUCCCCUAAGAGAACAUGCAAACUUCAAAAACAGAACGCACCCAGAAUCUUCUUGCUGUGAGGUGACAGCGCUAACCACUGCACCACCGUGCCAAAUACCAAUUAGAUUUCACUGCUGCUGACUGAGAUGUCCACCCGGCCCAUCUCAUUCUUUAUCUCGAUGUCGUGUUUACAUGUUAAAUACCGGCGCUGACACACAAACAGAAAAAUUAAGUUUAAUGUUUUGAAAUAGGCUUCCGUGGCUGCAAACGUGUGUCUCGGUCAAUAAAGGUUUUUUUUUUUUUUUUUUAAAUCGCAGCUGACUCGUGACGUCACUGAUGCGCGACGCAGAGGAUCCACGCGUGUAUCGGUGAGUGUGAGUGCGAUGGGGGACCGCAGCCGGCUGUGUUCCGUGUGGCUCGGCUCGGAGACCGGGAUCCUGAAGGGGGUCAGCCUAUCUCGGAAACAGGCCUUCAACUUCUGCAGCACGAGCCACCUGAGCCGCGACCAGGAGGUGCGUGCGCUGUGCUGGGGGGACGCGGCGGAGAGCGAGCUGCUGCUGGGCUGCGUGGACGCCACCGUGAAGACGUUCAGCGUGGAGAAGGGCGCGUUUACCGAGAGCCGGCGCUGCGGGGACCCGGCGGAUGGUUGCUUCUCCGGUCUGGCGUUGCUGAGCGGCGGCUCGCUGGUCACUUGUACGGAGAGCGGCGCGCUGCGCGUGUGGCGAGAGGAGGGCGGCGACGUGCCUGUAACGGAGGUGGACGCCGGGAAGAACGUGUGCAGGAUGCGGCAGAGUCCCGCGAACCCGCACAAGGUCGCCGCCGGAGGGAAGGAGAACGGCCUUAAGAUCUGGGACCUCCAGAGGCCCGAGCGGCCCGUGUUCACGGCCAAGAACCUCCGAGACGACUCGCUGGACCUGCGGCGGCCCUACUGGAUCAGGGACAUGGCCUUUAUCCCUGACUCCGACAAAGUGGUCACGUGCACAGGUUACCACCAGGUCCACGUGUUCGACCCGUCGUCCCCUCAGAGGCGCCCUGUCCUGGAGGCAGAGUACGGCGAGUACCCGCUCACCGCUCUGUCUCUGACGGCCGACGGCACAGCGGUGGUGGUGGGGAACACCCAGGGUCAGAUUGCUCUGCUGGACCUGAGGAAGGGGCUGGUGCGCGGCUGUCUGAAGGGGCUGGCGGGCAGCGUUCGGGGGCUGCAGUGUCACGCCUCCCAGCCGCUGGUGGCAUCCUGCGGCCUGGACCGCUUCCUCCGCAUCCACAGCCUGGAGGACCGCAAACUGCAGCACAAAGUCUACCUCAAGUCCCGCCUCAACUGCCUCCUUCUGGCCAGCCGAGACCUGCAGGAUGGAGGGGCAGCUGGGGAGGCGGAGUCUCAGGAAGUAAAGGAGGAGGAAGACGAUGAAGGGGAUGAUGUGUGGGACAGUAUGGAGCAGGUGGAGGAGAUGAAGAAGAGGAAAACAGAGGAAGGAGACAAGCAGACGAAGAAGAGGAAGAAGAGACAGGACUGAGAGGUGUUUGAUGUGUGAGAGGAGAGUGGGACGUUUGAACGCUGUACAUUCUGGAGGCUUGUAAGCAGCAUUUAUUUAGACUGGAGGCCUUAUUCUUAUUCUGAAAGUGUCAGGGGGAUGUUUGUCACCUGUGAACAGGUGAAGUCUGUUUCUGUCUGGAGAGUUUGUUCUUUUUAUAAUUGUUAUUAUAGAAAAUAUACAUGUGUAAUUAUAAUUAAAUUAGUCUC